UCUAUCAUGUAACAUUGUUUGUUUUUGGCUUUAGAACAGUUGGAACUUGUUAGCCACACAGCACUGCUUACUCGUCAGAGACGCGUCCUCCUUUUCUUUCGAUCUCCCUCUGAGCAGGCAUACGAGACCUGAAAAGAUGCCUGAAAGUAGGACCAGUCGAUUGAAGGUUCAUGUUUUGUUUCAACGCAGUUGAGGGAACUGGGUUUUGCACUUUGAAGAGUCUGAGAAUUGUUCAGCUAGCUGCCCUCGACUUGUUAGCUGUACCUACCCUUCUAUGACAUGACGGAGUCUGGUUAUCUCGGCCAUCAUAGUUAAUACAGGUCACAGGUCUUCUGUGGUAUUGAGUGGGUUCUCAAGCUCAGGAAUCCUGCGUGGAAUGAUCGAUGUUGCAAGAUUUGCCUUCAUUUGAUUUGCUGAAGAUUACUACGAUACUUACACGAUCGUACGACUCAGAUAACGCUGGCCCUCUGGCUGGCAAGCUGAAUCCAGGGCCACAGUGCUGGUGUAACUGCUGUGCAUACUCUGGAUGCGUGCCGAUCGUCCAGGCAUGCCGAAGAUACAAAGGAACCGUCGAAUGCCCUCGCUGAAGAAGUACUCAUGCGUCGAAACAAAGCGUAUGCGUCGUAUUGGUGUGAGGUAUUUCAACGAGAAACCAGGAUCUGGCCUGCAGUACUUGCAUUCGAAUGGUAUUCUAAAACAGGAUGCAUCCAGCGUAGCUAAUUGGCUACUGCAUGAGUCAGGAGUGAGUCGCUGGGCUAUCGGAGAAUACUUGGGCUGUCCCAAUAGUUUUGCUCUGGACGUCCUUGAGCACUAUGUUAGUGUUCAAAAGCUCUACAAGUACUCGUUUGUGCUGGCCAUGCGUAAUUUCAUGUCGAAUUUUCGCAUACCGGGCGAGGCGCAGAAGAUCGAGCGCAUCCUGGAAGUGUUUGCACGCCACUUCACGACGCGCUAUCCAUCGGAUGACGAUGGAGAGGGCGCUGAUGUACACGGCGUACCGCGAACGACGGUGACCCCGUCGAACAUCGACACUGCUCACAUCCUUUCCUAUUCGAUUAUCAUGCUGAACACGGAUCUGCACAACGCCAACGUCAAGCAUCACAUGAGCAGAGAGGAGUUUGUGCGCAACAACCGGGGCAUUGACUGUGGCAAUGACUUGCCGCACGAACUCCUGGAGUCGAUCUACGCUGAAGUGGCAUCAGACCAGUUCAAGGCCAAGGAGGAUCAUGUCGAUGCGCUGGUCGAGCUCGAGAAGAAGUUCCGUCACUUGGACACGAGCCAUCGGCUAGUCGCACAGCAUCGUCAGCUAGUAAAUAAGUUCACUUGUUGUAGUGUGUCUGACUGGAAGAAGAGUCAACCAUCAACAGCUCAUCCUAGAAUCAUCUUCCUGUUCAACGACCUGAUGUUAGUGGCGAAGAAAACCUGGAAUUCGGAAUUUGUCGUCAAGAGCUUCAUCCUACUGAAGGACGCCAACGUGGAGACGUUCAAGAGCAACCUGUACGCGCGUGGGUUCGAGGUACAGUCGCGGUUCCACCAGGAGACGCUGCUGAGAGUGACGUGUGAUUGCCAGUCGACACUGAAGGCGUUUGUACGCCAGGCCACGGAGAUGGUAUCGGAGGCGAUCUUCAUGGAACGUCUGCCGGCGAAUCUGAAGGCGGCCGAGUCGAAGGCCAACUUAGCGGGCAGCUCUUCUACGUCUGUGUGUGACCUGUCGAGUAUGCAGAGCUCAACAACCCCAGCGGUCCUUCACUCCACCAGCGAAGAACGCCGGCUACCGUCAAGGCAACUCUCUCUCCGUGUAAUCAACAGUCGCUCUGCUGCUGAUGUUGCUGCUGCUUCAGAACUUGAUGGUGAUCGUGAAUCAAUGGCUAGGGAUCGUCGGUGUUCGCUUGAUGAUUCAAGAUUGGCACUGAUUCGAGAAAGCCAAGCCGGUAACGCCACGCUAUUCAAACGUCCAACGGAAGGCAAGAUAGAAGAAGCUGUGGAAAAAAUGACAAUGGGAACAACAGCGGGAUCAGCGGAAAUGCAGCCGGAAGCGACAGACAGCUGCGCUGCUGGUACCCUGGCUGAACGCACUAUUGCGGAGGAGGACGAUGGUACUGAGACCGUCCGCCCGAUGCCUAUCAGACGCCAAAUACGCCGCUGUGCCCGGCGGCCGGCCUUCCGCGGUAAACCAUCCUUGGCAGACGGCGAGGAGGAAGAGGACGAGGAGGAGGAGGGGUUUGUGCCGGCCGAAGGUUUUCGGGUCCGGGCGCUGUCCUUAGAGUCUAUCUCCAUGGGCGUUGCUAUGUAAUGGCGACCAUGGUAACUAUAGCAACAUCUAUGGGCAUGCUCUGAUCGUGCUGAAAGUACCACUGGUGUUGAGAUUUGUAGUAUGACUGCACAUACAUGCACACGGACCUGUGUGUGCUUUAGUAUAGGACCGACCAUGGUAUAAGGAACUCUUCCAGGACAAGUACCGGUGGAGUUUGCAGACGUGUUCCUCUCUUGGGACUCUGUGAGUUACUUGGCUAGGAUUGAGUGCAAGUCUCUCCGUAGCACUGUGCAUGUGUCACUUGCCUGUGUGCUUCGCGAAUAGCAUUUCAAGUGCUAACAAGUGUAAUUAUGCGUGUGUGUGUGUGUGUGUGUGUGUGUACAUGUGUGUGUACAUGUGUGUGUGUAUAUGUGUGGGUAUGUGUGUGUGUGUGUGUGUACGUGUGUGUGUGCAUGUGUGUGUGCGCGCGGAUAACGCGACUAUUGACGUUUAUUCCUAUCUAGAUCCUGUCGUAGUUUUAUGUUUUGAUUUGGUUUUCUGGCGUGUAUUCCCUAACCCUAUGCUGGUCCAGCAGGCAGCUGACUUCAUGACUUCUCGAUAACCCUAUUGCGAAUAUCCCAUCACAUCGUUCUCAUGCCUACACUUCUCAUCAUUGCUGUCAAGUCUCACAUUGCUUACUACUCAUACUCAUAGUGCAGCACGAUGACAUCUCCUCACAUCACGCCAGCAUCUGCACUACUGCUGCUGCUGCUGGUGAUGGUGAGUGGUGGUGGUGCUGCUGCCGGUCAGGUGUCCUAGGAUGCCCUCAACCCCUCCCACCCAGUGCCCCCUCACCCCGGCCCUGCCCCUCUUACCUCAAUUCUGCCCUGCCCCAUCUCUUGCGUGCCCCCUCUUACCUCAACUCUGCCCUGCCCCAUUCUCACACUGGGUGCAUCUUUCAUUUUCUUCUUCUUUUUGCUUUCUUUCUUCGGGUCGAGGACCCCCAUAAUUGGUCAGUGCUGGCGCUGGUCUGUAUGGUAUUGAUGUGUUUCUGUUGCUCUUCGCGGGUGGUUUGUUGCCUCUGCCGGCAUACCAUUCUACAUGAUUGUGUACCGUCUCAUGCAUUGCUAGCUGUUGUUGCCGCCAGCCUCGCACUAUAUUGUAUCAUGCAUUGGUAGCCGUUAUUGCCCAGCCUCGUUGUACUGUAGCAUUGGUGAAUCUCCACC